UGUGUAACUGUCUUCAUGCAGGGCUCUCUCAUCUGGUGAGAACACAGCAGGUUGUCACAGCAACCCUGGGAGAAGAUGCAGUCUUAAUCUGUGAGCUCAUGACACCCAAAGACGUGCGGGAAGUUACUUGGCAAAAAGUGACAACUGGUGCGAAUGAAAAUGUGGCCACCUACAGCAAACGAGGUCCCGAUGUCAACGUACGUUUUAAGGGGAAAGUGGAGUUUGAAGACGAGGGACUGCAGAACUGCUCUAUCGUCAUCAGAGGAGUUUCAAGAGGAGAUGAGUCCUGCUACAAGUGUCUGUUUAACACCUUUCCAGAUGGACCUAUCAGUGGCAGGACCUGCCUCCAAGUUAAUGAGCUGUAUGGACCCUCACUCCUCAUCACACAAACCAACAACAGUCACACCACUCUGUCCUGUUCUGCUACUGGACGACCUGUUCCUACAGUAACCUGGGAAGACACAGAAAUUCUAGAAAAUUCCACAAUGGCCAAUGUCACCCAUCUCAAUGGAACUGUCACUGUCACCAUAACUUCCACGCUGGCAGCAUUCAGUCUACCUGAUAAAGACACCAGGGUUGGCUGUAUGGUGUCACUGUUCUCUGGCGGUGUCACCAAGAACGUAUCCAUGGUUAUUCCAGCUAGAACUCAAGCUUCAUUUCCUGAUGUACCUGAGGUCUCUGAUGGUGACAGGAUCAGAGGGAUUGGUGCAGUGAUGGGUUCACUGUGUUUCAUUGCUGUGUGCUGUGGAGCUGCUGUGGCACUGUGGUGCAAACUGAGAAAUACAACAAGAAGGUAAGUUUUACUGUUCAGAUGACAGAGAAAAUACAGUAUUACGUUGACAUUGUUUUGGUAAGUUUGACGAUCAAUCUUUAGCCAAAAUCCCACAGUCCAUAUAGAGAACAGGAAAAACUAUCAACAGUUAACCAUCAACAUGAUGACUGAAAUCCACAGGUCUAGUAAGACACACAUUCUAAUUAACAGUAGGGUUUAUGAUUUCAAGUCGACAGUGUUUGUACUUACUGUAGGUAAGGAAUAGAGUGGAAAACAUUGAAUUGUUUUGCCACGGGACGACUCUGGUAGUGGCCUGAGACAACACAGAACACAUUGCUUUGGAAAAGUCUACUAUGGUCAGUGUCACCCAUCCUAAUGGAACUGUCACUGUGACAACUACUGCAACGGUGUCCAGUCUACCUUACAAAGACACCAAGGUUAAGUGUGUAGUGUCUUCUGGUGGUGCCACUAAGGAGGUUUCUAUGGUGAUUCCAGUCCGUGAUUAAGUCUCAUUGGCUGGUGAAGGAGGCCAUGGUUUGUAAAUACAUACACAAUCAUGACCAUGUUCGCAUGUGUUUAUACUGUAUGUGUGUGUGUUUAUUCUUUGUGGGCUUGCUCAAUCAAGUCUCCAAUAUCUGGAUCAGUGGUAACUCAGUGAUUCUUAUUGUUAUAUUGCCAAGACAUAGUCACCCUAUUUACUUAUUGUUAUAGUCAACCUGUUUACUUGCCUUCUUGUGCUAUGCCUGUGAAUCAUACCAUUGUACUGAUCACUUUCAAUAUCUGUCAUCCACAGGUACAGUGAUUGGUUCAUUCUCUUUAAUGUAUGAAAAUAAUAGGGAAUGGUAUUUAUAACAUGCAAUUUUGUUUACCCAAACUUACCCUCAAUCUUUAGCUGGGUCAGUGAUUGGUUCGUUCUGUCUCUUUAAUGUAUGAAAAUAACAAAUUACCCAAACGUACCCUUCAUAAACCCUCAAUCUUUAGCUGGGUGAUUGAAGAUCGGGUCUUUAUUCAGAUACAGUGUCUGAGAGAAAGUACAGUUUUACUAUGAUCUUGAUUGUCAAACUUCCAUGUGUUUUUCCCUAAAACCAUUCAUGCUGUUAUGCUGGAAUAUGUGCUGUACCUUCCAGUGGAAUAUGUGCUGUACCUUCCAGUGGAAUAUGUGCUGUACCUUCCAGUGGAAUAUGUGCUGUACCUUCCAGUGGAAUAUGUGCUGUACCUUCCAGUGGAAUAUGUGCUGUACCUUCCAGUGGAAUAUGUGCUGUACCUUCCAGUGGAAUAUGUGCUGUACCUUCCAGUGGAAUAUGAGAUUUGACUUCUUUCAGAUUACUUUAUCAAAAGUUCUCUUUUUUGAUGCACAGAAGCUGAUAGACCUGAAAUCAGAAGGACUACCGUAACUAGAUUCAUUAUGAUUAUAUUACUUAAAUGUUGUGUAUGUGGACAAAAUAUCAUAUUUGAACGUUUUUGUCUGUUUCAAAAACAAUCGAUUUGCACAUAUUCCUUUUGAAGGUUGCAUUGCAAAUUCCAACAUUUCAUCAAACUAUGUUUCACAGUGGUUCCAAGGUUCCACAGUGACUGUACGCCCAUUGGGAGGUUUUGUAUUAAACCUUUAUGGUUCACUGUACAGACACACUAUUCGCCACAAAGAUCUCUGAAUUGACCAAAUUGAAAUGUGACAAUUCUUCUUUGUUCUUUCUCAGAAACUACUGAGCAUGGUGUUGGUUGAACAGGAGUGGCACUACUUCAAGUCUGAGGCAGAGUUACUGCACAAUGUCAGCUCUGGUGCUCAGCUUACCUACUUAUCUUUAUAUAAAUAUGUAUCUGUCUGUCUGUCAGUCUUUCUUUGUCUCUGUCUCUCCCUCUGUCUGUCAGUCUAUCAGGCUCUCUCUGUCUCUGUCUGUCUGUACUUUGAGUUUCAAGUUAAAGCUUCUACAACUUGAGCAGAGGCUUUGACAUGAAGCUGGUUUUAUAGAAAGUAGAUCAACUCAAGGUAACAUCAGAAGAAUCCUCCAUGUCAAGAAUAAUGUAGACAAUGAAAAUACAGUGACAUUGAAGAGCUCCAUUCUCAUUUAGCAUCUACAUAAAAGCACUUGACACUGAAACUGGAACUUCCCUAUAGAAAAAUUGGACUUCAACAACGAAUCAAGGAGGAUCAUUCAAACACUUUAUUCAUAGAAAAUACAAAGUUGUUAUCCUAUUCGCUUUAUCAAGUUACUAUGAGUGUAAGAGUCAAAUAAAAUACUUCAAAUGUUUUAUUAUCUAUUAUUACUAAGCAUGUAGGGCAGCUGUAACACAGAGCAACUGACUUGGAAAUGUGCUGAUCCCUGUUAGGUAGGUGUGUGUGAUCGAAAGGA